AGUGUCAUCAAAUUUACAUAGCCGAACACGGUACAAGUAUUUCACUAAACGUUGCCAAGUUUUCAAUAAAUACAGGUUUAUUUUCUUUUCUAUUUUGCUGAAUAUUUUGAGUUGAAAAACGAAGUGACUACCAGAAACAAUAUUUAUUCCCUAGAAAAAUAUAUUAUACUAUAGAACAGGAUUUAUUAUCCAUAUUUUUUUCAUAAAUUUCAUACCAGCACCGCUUUCGUACUAUAAUCAAAGAAAUAAUCACGUGUGAUUUUUAACGUUCCGUUCUUUUAAAAAGAACACAGCUGUUUUCCUGACAGCGAUUACAAAAAGUUGAAAUUUUUAGUUUUUUUAUUAUUUUGCUUUACUAAUAUUAUAGGUUUUAUAUAGAAAAAUAAUUCGUCAUAAUGGAUAAUUCUCUAACUAAUUUUGAAUUAACAGAAAGUACGGUUAAAAUAGAUCCGGAUACGGAGAACGGUUCCGGUUCGGAUAAAAGCGAUCCAUUAGAAAUCGUAAGUUUAGGGGAUGCUGAAUCCUCGAGCAGUAAAUCCGAUGAUGAUUUCGAUAAUAAUUUACCGAAAACGGUUACUCUUCUAAGACAUGAAAAGACUGGCGCAAAAGUGUAUCUUAUCGGCACAGCACAUUUCAGUAAAGAAUCGCAAGAAGAUGUAAGAAAAGUUAUAACAACCGUUCUUCCACAUGUAGUUGUUCUAGAACUUUGCAGCUCUAGAACAAAUAUUUUAGCUUUAGACGAAGAAACUAUUUUACAGGAAGCCAAAAAUAUUGAUAUGCAAAAAAUUUUGAGUACAAUUAGAAGUAACGGACUCUAUAAUGGGUUAAUUUAUUUACUUGUGCUCAAUAUGAGUGCUUAUUUAACUAAAGAAAUUGGUAUGGCUCCCGGCGGAGAAUUUAGAGUUGCUUUUAAAGAGGCUUCCAAUAUUCCUAAUUGCACUAUACACCUUGGAGACCGUUCUAUGUCCAUCACAUUACAAAGGGCUUUGGCGAGGCUUUCGUGGUUUCAAACUGUGAAAUUAGCAUGGCAUCUACUUACUUCAAAGGAACCUAUCACUGUGGAAGAUAUAGAAAAAUGUAAGGAAAAAGAUAUGCUGGAGCAGGUAUUAUCAGACUUUUCUGAACAAUAUCCCGCUUUCAAGGAAGUUUUUUUAGACGAAAGAGACAUUUAUUUGACAAAUUCCUUACAACAGGCUGUCCAAUCGAGAUCGAAAUCCUCGCAAGAAGGUGACUUUGAACACGAGCCUAUACGUGUAGUGGGUGUCGUCGGUAUGGGUCACACACCAGGAAUUAUAAAACUUUGGCCUACGAGUCAAGAGCAUAACGUAAACUCUAUAGUCACGAUCCCACCUCCUUCGUUAACAUCUAAAAUCAUCAAAAGGGCUUAUAAAAUAACUUUAUUAGCCUUCGGGGGUUAUUUGGUGUACAAAUUCGUUCCAGUACCAAAAUUUUUGAAAGAAAAUACUCAUAUUGUUGCUCAAAAAAUAUUGAUAGGCUUGAGAGCCGAAAACAAUUUUAGGUUAAGCUUAAACUGAGUUUUUUCUUGUUUUUUUUAAAGCCCUAACCAUUUUAAAUUAGUUUUUUAAUAGACUGAAUUUAGAUUAUUGGAAAUUUAAUUUAUUUUUUAUCCGGAUUAUUAAAUACUAGUUGUCCCAAAUUUUUGGAUGAGUACAAUUAUUUGUGGAUGAACAGGGCCACAAUUGAGUUGAAAUACAUGGAACCAUUCGUCUUGGACACCCCAGGGGUAAUUUUUUCUCAAAUUUUUCGACAGGAAAUACAAAUUUUUGAUUCUUUUCAAUUACCGUUCCAGGAAAAAAUAUUUCUCAUAAUAUAAUCAACUGAAAUUGGGUUUUUUUUAUUUUUUUUUUUGUAAAAAAACUGAUGAUUUACCCCUUUUAAGAACUUUUUUCGUUAAGAAAUCCUUUUUUUAGAAUCUUAUUACAUAUUUUUUGUUAUUUAAUGAUUUCUUUUUGCUUCCAAUUUCUAAUUACAGACUUCAAUAUAUAUUUUAUUCUCUAUUAUCUUUUAACAGUAAAUUCGAAUGGUUUUAACUAUUUUUUUUUCACUUAAAAACUGUUAUUUUCAUCCUUUAAGGACUUAACAUGAUAUUUCUUGUGUUAAGAUGUUGCCUCUAGAAUCUAGCAUAUCUUCGAAGCUGUUAUUUUUGUACUUUAAGGACUUAAUCCAGAUAUUUUACGAUUUUUCUUUUAUUGAAUCAUAUGUACAUGCCUCUAAUGUCCUUUAAUCCUUUUAGUUUGUAUUUCGUAUUGCCUCUAGGACCUAAUAUAUCUGCAAAUAUCUUAUUUUAGUCCUUCGAGAACUAUAUCCAUUGAAAAAUCCUCUAUUUUAGAUUUUUUGUACGUUGUCUUGAAUUAGAUAAUUUGUAUGUCCUUUAAUACUUCUAGUUUGUAUUUCGUAAUGCCUCUAGAACCUAGCACAUCUUCAAAGCUGUUAUUUUUGUCCUUUAAGGAUUUAAUCCACUGAGAAUUCCUCCACUUUCCUUAAUCCGGUUAUUUUACGAUUUUUCUUGUAUUGAAUCAUUUAUACAAGCCUCUAAUGUCCUUUAAUCCUUCUAGUUUGUAUUUCGUAAUGCCUCUAGGACCUAGCACAUCCCAGAAGAUGUUACUUUCAUCCUCUAAGGACUCUAUGGAUUAAGAAAUCCUCUUAUUUCAGAUAUUUUGUUAUUUUUAUUGCAUCAUGUGAUUUUUAUAUACUUUUAUUAUUCUUUAAUCCUCCUAGUUUGUGUUGUGUAUUGCCUUUUCAAUCUAGCGCAUCCCCAUAGCGCCAUAUUGGACAAAUACUAUCUUGUAUCAUAAUAUUUUGUUAUCUUAAUGACAUUCAAUCUAAAUUUUUACAAUUUUUUCAUCAAGAAACUUGCAAAUCAGUUUUUUAAUGGCUUCCUCAUCAUCUCCUCCAACUUAUUUCGGGUUUUUAUUCUUAUUAGUCCUGUCUUUUGAACCCCAUAGCUCCCUAUGGGACAUGUACCACCUUGUAGUAAAGUAUUUUGUUUUUAAAUGAAAUUCAAUUAGAAUUUUUGAAUUUUUUUUCCAAAAAAAUGAUAAAUCAGUCAUUUGAAGGAUUCAUUAAUAAAAAAAAUCAUCCCUUCCAUAUUUUUAUUGUUUUCUUAAUAGUAUUGUCUCCUGAAGUUAAUCCACCCACAUAUUGGAACGAUAACCAUCUUGUAAUUUAAUAUUUUGUUCUUUUAUGACAUUUUCCAAGUAACCAUUAAUUUCCUUCCAUUUAAAAAUCGAUUUACUUCUAUUUUUCUCUUUAAUUGUCCCCCAGCUUAAUUGAAGAAUAUCCUGUAUUAAUAAUUCCCUCAGUAAAUCUACCCCAAUCGAUUGAUUCUACAACUGAAUAUUCCAUUUAUCUCAUUUGUGGCCUCCCUCGGAAUCUAUUUUACCCCAUACGGGCGUUAAUUUCCCAGUUUGUUUCAAAUCCGGAAGCAAAAAAACUUUAGAAAAGGCUGUGUGUGAUAAAUUACUUUUAAUUAAAGGUCAAGGUGUUUUUUAUUACAUUCCGAAAUAUAUUAACCCUAAAAAAAGGAAGGGGGUUUAUUUAUUAUUAUUAACUGGUUUAGGGGGUUGGAUUUAUAAAUACAUUAACCGUUUAACGUAUAGUUAUAUUACUUUCAUCUAUUAAAAAUAUUAAAAAAUUAAUCGGAAGACUUUUUGGCAGGAUAUUUUAAGUACUUGAAUAUUUUAUCUUGCCAUAUUUUGAUUGGAGGUUCAUACAAUUUUAUUGUCAUCUUAAAAUAGGCGAAGGAAACUAUUAUAAAAGAAAAAAAAUAAUACCAAUUAAUUGGUAGCACCCUAAAUUUAUUUGGAGGUAGGAAAAAUGUUUUUUUUUACUAAAUUUAAGUCAAAAUUGUGAAUUAUAUAUGUCUUUUAGUUAAUUUUUUCCCCUUAUGGGGUUGAAUAUCACUAGUUUUUGAUACAAUUUUAUUAAUUAAAAUAUUUUUUUUUGAUAAUUCUUAUUAAUGUAAAAAUUUUAAAAAUAUGGGGUUACCUUACAACAUUAUUAAAGUUAUUUAAGGAUUUGUUUAUAUCUGUAAUGAACCUCCAAUUUAAAUCUUGUCGGCUGCACAACGGAACCCCAAAUUAGAAGCAGAACUAUCUUUGGUAUUGGACGAUCUAGCAGCGCAACGAUACCUCCAACAAUACGAUUCGUGGCAUAAGAACGAACCACCUUUCUUCACCUUCGUAUUCUGAACAAAAAAUAAAAAAUUUAAAAUGUUAAAUAUAUAUUUUUGUUACUAUUCUGAUGUAAAUAUAUAGAUAUCAGUUAAA